ACUCAAAAGUGGCCCGUGCGCACGCGACAACACUUUCAGCAUCGCCAUCCACCAAUGGAUGACUAUCGUCGCCAUCAAUAUCUUGUUAAUUGACCUCCAGCUCCAACCUCAAUUUCGACUCCGUCAUCAAUCAAUCGGACAUCGCCAGCCUCUCUAGGUCGUUCACAUCAAAUAUCUCUGAAUGAAGCCCCUCUGAUAUUUUACCUGAGAAGGUCCAGGGAGGGGGCUUUCGCUUUCGCAUGUCGCGACCGCGCGCGGGCACUUGCACCAACAAGCUUGGGCUGUAACAGUAACAUCCCCAAGCCAUAUUUUCAGUCUCAGCAACACAGACUCUGUCGCCUCGCUUCGCCUCUCAGUCGCGCCGAGGCCCCUGUUGUGAGACGUAUCACAGUGUUACUCAAGCCAGCCUCAGGCCGCUUGAUCAAACUUGUUUCCUUCUCUUGGGUCGUGACCGCGCCUGAACUCGUUCACUUUCUGCUGAUCAAGUCACUGUCACUCUUCUUUAGCAUCACAAGUAUUAUAUACACCACAGCGGAAUUUGGUCUGUGUUUUUUUCUUGCCGUUGUCUGUUAACAGGAUAGUGUCCUGUGCUGGUCAAAGCUAUCUUGCACAAACUACGCUUUCCUUCAUCUGUCAUGUCUAAUACGGCUCCUGGCCAGUCUCGGCCAGACGACGCCAGAUGCUAUAACUGCGGCGAUUCUGGCCAUUGGACUGUUGCAUGUCCAGAACCCACCAGGGAAACUCCUGCUGGUCUCGCAGCUUGGAGGAACGCCAACGCUCCUGGACACGGAGGUAAUAGAGACCAUCAUGGUGGUUCCAAAAAGUCUAAAGGUCCUAUCAUUACCAAAUACGCACCUGCGCCUGUACCAGCAUCAGCACCAAGCGUGGCUCGAUACGGUCCUCCUCCAGGAUAUGGGCCUCCUCCACCUGCACACUACCCCGGAGGACCUCCCUCCUAUCCUCCGCAAUACCCUCCUUACGGAUCCUCAGCAUCUAACUACGCACCACCUGGCUACUCACCUCCAGGAUACUCUAAUCCAUAUCCUCCACCUUCUUAUGGUGGUCCUCCCCCAGGUCUUCCGGCACCGCCUCCUAGGCCUCCUGGCACAUAUGCUUCUCCUCCUCCACCUCCCCCUCAACCUCCAGCGCAACCACCUUCAUAUCCACCACGUGCAUAUGGUCCUCCUCCGCCUCGCCAAGACCACGUACCCUACCAUCCACAGCCUCAUUAUCCCCAUUAUCCUCAGCCAGCUUCAGCACCAUAUGCUCAGCAUCCACCGCCGCCAUCAUACCCGCCCCCUUAUCCCUCUCACAGCGCGCCUCCGUCGUAUGGGCACCCUCCACCUUCACGGCCUCCUAUCCCAUCACCAGCACCACCUCCUGCAUCACGUCCACAUCGAUCAGCUUCAUCCUCUGUACCACGCCAGAAUUCUGCAUCAACUUUACCUUUGUCAGCUUCUUUGCCCCCUAGACCUUCUCUACCUCCAAAACCACCACAACCCAAUCAGCAUGGUCAACCUGGUAGGGGACGUCGGGACUUUCCUGACCAUUCUCGAGAUCAUCGUAACAAGCGGAAGAAUGAACGACACCCUCGUAAUCACGACUAUCGACAAAAGAAGAAUCAGCCUCUUUCUCGGCCGGAUCAGAAGCCACAAGACAACAACAACAGACGCCCUGAUCUCAAGACGCCCAACCAUCCCAAACCUGCGCCGUCUCCUAAACAGGGGGAUCAGAAAGGCUCAACAACUGCCGUUGAACCAAAGUCAAGCCCGCCUGCUGCUUCUCCCGAAACUAAAAAGGUUCAAGUUGAAACUCCUAGACCUGAUUCAUCACAGAGACCGGAUACAGCACCCGAAAAGGCUGUCGACGAUGAAUUUGAAUGGGACAAGAAUGUCAUAUUCGCAGGGCCAGAGCCACGUCAUCCACCAGAUGAGGUUGGUAAGCCAUUGCCAGCAGAAUAUAAUGAUGAGGUGCUUCUUCCUAGAAAAUGGGAUGCAAAAUGCAUCGAGUCGCACUAUGUUCAAGCUGACAAUAUCGAGGAAUACGUGAAGCCAAUACACGAAACUCCGUAUUGGUCAAAGAUCGAACACGACCCCGCGUUCGUACGAGACGGCAAGCUUCCUAGCGGAGAUGCCAUUGCCAAUCUCCCGCCAAGACCACCACCAAAACUUGAGGAGAUCGCUCGGAGCGAAAGUUCCGAAAGUGGCGAGGUCCAUGAACGGCUUGCAAAACGAGGUCACCCAGAUGACGAUACCCCUGGUGAGCGCCCAGUGAAGAGACAGAGAUCCCGAAGUUCUUUCGAUGCCAGCUGCAGAGGAUCACGCGGCCGACAUUCGCGCUCGCGUGAUUCGUACGUUCCGCAAGGACGCAGGUCACGUCCAGGUAGUCCCGAACGUCGACCUACAGAAUUCCGUAACGUCGACGACCAGCGACGAUCGAUAGACCGGUACCAACCAGAUCGGGAUAGAGACCAUAGCCGUGGUCGUGGACGUCGCCGGAGUCGUACUCGAAGUCGCAGUCGAGACCAUAGUCGGAGUCGAAAUCGCAGUCGCAGUCGCAGCCGUCGCCGCAAUCGAACCCCAACGUCGCGCGACUCAUCAGUAUCUGCUGCAUCUUCAGGAUUGGAUUCCUUGGAAGCCGAGUUGCUGGGACGAGAUACCAAAGCAAAGACUCCUGAAGGAUCUCCAAGGCCGAAGUCGUCCAUGUCAGGGCUCAAGCCGAAACGGCGACAAGCAAAGCUCGAUUCAGCGUAUAGUCGCCGUUGGUAGGCGACACAACGAAAAUGGCUGCGCAUUAUUACAGCUUCUCAACGUUACUGGUACAUCAUGUUUUCUUUCUUCCGUUCCCCAACUUGGAACCGCAACUCGCGUUGCAACGAUUCCAUGUAUCUAGGCCAGGCACUAUUCCCUCACUUCUCUUCCCUUCGUUCAUUCAGCACCCUCCCUACACACGGGCUGUGCUUCUCUUCACCUUAGACUUUAUUAGAAUGGCGCUGUGGCUUCGGAGUAUUUUUUAACGAUCAUCAUGAACAAGCUGCAUGACUGGCGUAUAUUUCACGAGGUAUGCGUGGGAUCAUUCUUAAUCUUACAAUCUUUACUCUAUCUCUCCAUCUCUCCAUCUCCGUCCUUGCCAGUUAGCUGGCUGUUCAUGGUAUUAAUCAUGACCUGUUGGUGCGCCAUCGACCAACACUGUGUGCCUGGCCGCUCCUCUACACAUUCCUCUACUACUCUAUGCUUAAGUGUAUGUUCUGAUGUCCAGGUCCCUACGACUUAAGGUCAGUAUCUUAUCACCACUGCCAGUGAGAGGUAUGGUAGACGCAUAGAUAUACUCAUGGCUUUUACGAACAAAUUCUUGUUCAACUUUGAUGGCAUCAAGAGAAUUGAGUAGAAUAGACGUGGUAAGGUAUUAACAGUUAGCAGAUCACUGUCGUGUAGCAGUCUAUACUAUAGUAGUAUCAGUAGGUCUGAGCCUGCUUUGCAAAGCCUCCUUGUCAUUGAAACGGCGCUGCAUUCACAACCGUUAUCGAGGCUACAAUUCACGCUUUAUCUGUUUUGAACAACUGAAGCUGUAAGUUCGUUCGGAUCUAGCAAGUUCAUAUU